ACUGCAUUAUAGUGUUGUUAAUGGACAUAUUAUACAGUUUAAAUUGAUAAAACUAUUUUAAAGUUGAAGGUUUGAAGCAAAAAUGAAGGAAACUACUGUUGUUUGGGCCAAGCUAUUUCUAAUCCUCAUAAUUUUAGCUAAACCUCUCGGUCUUAAAGCCGUCAACGAAUGCAAGCGUCUCGGAAAUAAUUCGUGUCGAAGCCACGGUGAAUGUUGUUCCGGUUUUUGUUUUAUUGAACCUGGUUGGGCGUUAGGAGUGUGUAAAAGAUUGGGUACUCCAAAAAAAUCAGACGGUUCGAAUAACGGAAAAAACAUCGAAAAAAACAACGGAGUACACGAGAGAAUAGAUGACGUUUUCGAAAGGGGCGUUUGCUCGUAUUACAAAGGACCGUCUAUAACUGCAAAUGGUGAUGUAUUCGAUGAAAACGAAAUGACCGCCGCUCACCGGACGUUGCCGUUCAACACGAUGGUCAAAGUGGAGAGCAUGGGUACCAGUGUGGUGGUCAAGAUCAACGACCGCAAAACUGCGGCGGACGGUAAGGUAAUGCUUUUGUCUCGUGCGGCCGCCGAGAGUCUCAACAUCGACGAGAACACAGGCCCGGUACAGUGUCAAUUGAAAUUUGUCCUGGACGGUUCGGGCUGCACUCCAGAUUAUGGAGACACGUGUGUGCUGCAUCACGAAUGCUGUUCCCAAAACUGUUUCAGGGAAAUGUUUUCAGAUAAAGGGUUUUGCUUACCGAAAUAAUCAGACGGAGGUCAAGUGGCAGUCCGGUCUAGCGACGUUGAUUAUAUAGCCGGUGGAAAUGAAACAGAAUUAUAAUUCGCGACUUGCCGGUUCAAUUUUCACCGUUGAAUAUAAUAAACCACAAUAUAGUAAAAUCAUAUUUAACCGUUAAUUAUUAUUUUAGAAAUAAACAUUUGUUCGGAAAUCAUCGAGUACCUAUUUUAAUUUAAUGUAAAUAUCAAAAUGUAUCGUAAUUAUUUCAUUAAAAAUAAAAACUUGGUAUAUUCUGC